ACAAGCACGGUUACACAGAAGUCCCGAUAUGUCUGUAUAGCUCUGCUGCGUGUGGAGCAGCUCGUACGCAUUUCUAAAUGGCAUCACUUUCCCAAGAAACUUGACAGGCGGGUCAACUGCAAUCGAAAAUGUUUGGAUUUUGUUGUUGGCAUAAAGAAACUGUUAUUUGAGACGUAUUUUUUGGACGCAGGAGAAAUGGCAAAUUUUAAGUACGUCAUUAAUAUGGCGCCAAAAGAUUUUUAAGUAUGAGCUUAUUUUUGUUGUAAGGUUGCAAGAUCCAGUAGCAAUAUACCCCUGUGCAAUCGCAAGAGGAGAGGAGAGGCGAGAGGAGAGAAAUGUUUUGGUGGCGCGAGAGCAUUGCGAAACUAACCUGAUUCGAGUUGUAUGGCAAUUUGAUCCACCAGUUUUUGCACGUUAAUAAUAAUAAUAAUAAUAAUAAUAAUAAUAAUAAUAAUAAUAAAUCUACUGUGUAUUGCAGUUAAAAUCAUAAAGAUCGUAUUAUCAUUCGGGACCGGAACGGAGCGUGCGACUGGAUUACUGCAAAAGAUAACAUAUUUCAGGAUUUUGGGAGAGAUCGCCACAAAGUCUAAAAAGAUACAUACAGUUAAAAUCGGGUUGCGUAGGCGGCCAUCUCAGUUGUGUUGCAUAUCAUGUUUUUUUUUUGGAUGUAAUAAUAUUAGAUGGAUGGAGUAGUUACUUGUAUAUUUUACUCUCGGGAGAGGAUUGAACGCUGUCACAGAACCAACGUGGAAUGGAUCUAGAUUGAGCAAGUACAUCAUGAUCUCUUAAUUUUACAGCAUCGUUCAACUCCCCCCCUCCAUCCGAGGACGGGCUCGCAUGCUCUGAAAAGCAACCUGCAGCACAAGCAAGAUGGAAAGUGAAAAAAAAAGGAGGAAAUACUCGUCCAGCAGCAAUGACUCCGAUGCCACUGACAUUCACAUAUCCUCUUGGUCUAGGUCUUCCAAGAACAUGAACACUAACAGCACCUGGGCUCGGCAGGAGGACAAGCCCAAGAAGCCCUCUGAGGUAUUCAGGACGGAUUUUAUUACAGCGAUGAAGCUGCCAGACUCCUCCCAGCUGAGCCCCGAUGAGUUUUACGUCCUCACUGAUCCGUGGAGGCAGGAGUGGGAGAAGGGGGUCCAGGUGCCAGCCAUGGUGGAGGCCAUCCCUGAGCCUGUAGUCAGGGUGUUACCAGAAGUCAGCUGGAUUCCUUUCUACUCUGCCUCCCAGAGCAUCCUGAGCGGGUUCCAAUCCUCCAAGUCUGGCUAUGUGGACAUGAGGACCUCGACAAAGCAGCUCAGCCGCUACGACCUGGACGAUUGCGAUGUCUACUGGCUGGAGCUCGUCAACACGGAAUUCAGGGAACAAGCACUGCCCGAGCUGGAUGAGCUCACAAUGGAGCGGGUGAUUGAGGAGCUGGAGAGCCAAUGCUACGAGAACAUGCAGAUCGCCAUAGAAACAGAGGAGGGGCUUGGUAUCGAAUACGACGAGGAUGUGGUGUGCGACGUGUGCCGCUCGCCCGAGGGUGAAGACGGCAACGAGAUGGUUUUCUGUGACAAGUGCAACAUCUGUGUUCAUCAGGCGUGCUAUGGCAUCCUGAAAGUGCCUACGGGCAACUGGCUUUGCCGGACCUGCGCACUGGGGGUCCAACCCAAAUGUCUGCUGUGCCCCAGGAGAGGGGGAGCCUUGAAACCGACCCGCAGCGGAACCAAGUGGGUCCAUGUCAGCUGUGCCUUAUGGAUACCUGAAGUGAGCAUAGGUUGCCCCGAGAAGAUGGAACCAAUCACUAAGGUGUCCCACAUCCCAGCAAGCAGAUGGGCCUUGUCCUGUAGUCUGUGCAAGGAGCACACGGGCACCUGCAUUCAGUGCUCCAUGCCCUCCUGCGUCAUAGCCUUCCAUGUCACCUGUGCUUUUGACCACGGCCUGGAAAUGCGGACGAUCCUGGCUGAAAAUGACGAGGUCCGCUUCAAGUCCUACUGCCUGGACCACAGCAGCAACCGCCACAACGGUGCCGGCACCAGUAAAGGAGAGCGGGCCGAGGCGAGAGCCCAGCCCCCAGGAGAGGGAGCCACCGAGCCAAGAGUUCUGCAGCAGCAGCAGCAGGAAAAAAUUGACAAAAUGGAGCUGGAGAAAGCGAGCCAGAGGAAACAGAAGCUGCAAGAGCUGGAGGACGAGUUCUACAGGCUGGUGAACCCGGCGGACGUGUCUGAGAGCCUGGGCCUGCCCGAUGCGCACGUCGACUUCCUCUACCAGUUCUGGAAGCUCAAGAGGAAGUCCAACUUCAACCAGCCGCUGCUCACCCCCAAGCGAGACGAAGUGGACAACCUGGCCCAGCAGGAGCAGGACGUGCUCUACCGGCGCCUCAAACUCUUCACCCACCUGCGGCAAGACCUGGAGAGGGUUCGGAACCUGUGUUACAUGGUGACGAGAAGAGAGAAAAUGAAGCACUCCCUCUGCCAUCUCCAAGAAAAGGUAUUCCACCUCCAAAUCCAGCUGAUUGAGGAGGACUUGGCAAGAGAGAAAGCAGGGAAAGGAGGGAAAGCAGCGAAAGGCAGGCAGAGCGAAGCGAGAGGACGGAGGAAGUGCAGCCCGGAGAAAAAGGAGAGGUGGAAACCAGAGAAUGGAUCCUUGCUGAAACAGCUGGGUUUGUCCAAGACUUUUCCCAUUGACGAAGCGCUCUUCAACAGCUGGCUGGCGCAGUCAGUGCAGAUCACCACGGAGGACAUGCUGAGCCAGUGGUCCCUCCACGACCGACACGAGGAGAAGACAGGCAGCCUGCUCUCUGACCAACUCCUGCAGGGCGAGGAAAGCCUGCUCAGCCUUAUGAUGGACCACUCCAUGAGUUCCACUUGGAAGACGCCCCAGGUAGGCAGGAGAGCCAAGGGGAAGCCCAGGGGGAAGAGUCGCAAGACCUCCUCCUCCUCCUCCUCCAGGGACCCUGAGGAGGCAGGGACCCAGGAAAAGAGGGCCUCAAAAAGAGCUUCAAACCACACUGAGAGACCCAAAUCCUCCAAGACAGUCCACCAUCACCAUUACCACCACCGGAGGAACAGUGUGUCCAAGCAGGAUCCCAGCAGGAAAGGCUCUCCCCAGCCUCCCGUUUCCAAAAUGGAUUCCUGUCACAUUUCGGAGGAGAGGAGCCACUGGGUAGACCGCAAGGAGCCAGCCCAGGAGCCCAAGUACCCAGUCAAAGUGCCUGAGGCGGUCAGCGCCCCCAAGACUGUGGUGAGGUUCAGGUUACCGAAACAGGGUAAGUCAAAGUCAAAAGCCUGCAGCCAGGACCAGGGCGACGGCACUGAGCACAUAGAGAAGGACAGCUUUGACAACGAGACUGACGGCUAUUACUCAGACGCGGAAAUGAGUGACUCUGACACGCAAUCCAGCAACGGGAGAAUGCGUCUCGGGCAGCUGCAUUCAGGAACCGAGGACCUCGUCAGAAGAAGCGUUUUGGCAUCUUAAAAAAACAGCGUGGAAGCAAAGUUUGAACCCAGUACAAACUGCCAUUUCUUUUGUUUUAGCCAGUUGUCAUAGUUUAGUAUGGAUUUCUUUCCAAACAUAAAUCAAUACAUUUCAAGGUUACAAAUGCUGUUGCCUUCCUUUUUCACAAUGGAAACGGAUAAACAUUUCAAAUGUUUGCUACAUCGGUUAAAAAGAUGUUAAUGGCUACUUGUUAAGAAGUAAAGCCUGUGUGUUACGAGGGAUAACACACAUGCAUGUACUUUAUAUGUAAGUCAUUGUAAUGUUGAAGUAUCAGCUAGACUAGCCUUGUGUUUUAGCCUCUUACGGCUACUGUUGCCAGUAUUACCUGCUUGUGCGGGGAUUAAUAAACUAGGGGCAUUACCAGCUGUCAUACUUCCUUGAUACUGACCUAAAAUGUAUGUGAUUGGUCCUUGUUUUUCAACAAACGUCUUAAGUAAAUAGCAAGUAAGGUAACUGAUUUAAAAGUGAUUUUUAAAAAAGCACAAGUGGUUUCAGGGGAGUCUUACAUCCCCACCAAUGGCAUAGGAAAGACUUUUUAAUUCUUCCAUUCAACGUUUUAAAUAUUGCUUCACGCUUAGACCAAUCAACACACAGUAUAGAGGGCUCUAUUCAUAACAGUCUUGUGACAGUAUGUUCUUUUUUUGGGGGUGGGGUUGAAAUCACUUUAUAAUUUCUUGGCAUUUGGAUCUAGUUAACAGAAGAGAUGCACAGCAGUACAAAAAAGAAACUGAGAGAAAAUCAGAUGCGUUUCAAUGAGACGUCUUUGCCACUGUCUUGACGUAGUGCUAAACAACAUGGACUUUCUCAUUGAAAUAUUUCUUUUUGGUGCUGCUGUGUUUACCUCCUGAUUGAAUGUUUAAGACAUGCAUGUUUAGGCUCUACGCUGCUUUUUAAAUUGAUUCCUUUGAACAACCUUGAAAAUACAUGGUAGUUAAUGAGGUUUUAAAAUGCUAUGGUACUGAUACCAUGAGGUAUUAAAAUGCUAUGGUAUGGUGUGAUGGUACUUUAAACACUUCAAGAAUCAUGUGUAAGAUACUUAACACCUAGUUGCUUCUUUUAUUUUUAAAUGCCAAAUGCACUACUGACGAUGUAUGAAGAAAAAAAAAAAAAUACCAGUGAAUCAAUAAAGUAACUAGGUAUUAGCACUGCCUGAUUUUGCAGGCUAAUGAGAAAAAAAACCCCCCUGAUAUUCCUGAAACUGUUAACGACAGUCUGUAAAUAAUACAAAGCCUGGCCACCAUAUUAGGACCUGCAUGCCCAAAUAAGUUUGGCAUCGCCCUGGCUUGUCCCUUGAUAAUAAUGCUGUGCUUGUGCCAUGCUGGCGAUGGCUAGAGGAUAAUGCCCCCAUCCACCGUGCCAGAGCCCAGCAUCUAUGAUCACAACGAUCCCCGGAUCUCAAUGUUUGGGAUGAAUCUCAACAGAGGGCGCCCCACUCAAUAUUAUGUACAGAGCCUAAUAGAGUGGCCAGGCAGUGUACAUGCAUACUAAAUGGUAUUGAACCUUUGUGAAUAGGGCCUCUUGUCACUCGUUUAACCAGUCACAGUAAUACCAGUAAGAAUCCAAACACAAAACCCUGUCAAUUGUAUUGCCUGGUCUUUUAAUGAGGAGCAUUUUCUAUCAGAGUGGUCCACAGUAUUUACUCAGGGGUAAAAAAAAAAAAGAAGAGAAUAUUUAUUCUGUGGCUUUUCUGUGAAUACACUGUUCGAGUCCUGACUACUGCUGAGGUUGUUGCUCAGUAACUUAAACUUUUAUUUUAAUUUUAUAAAUGCCAAAGAACAGUCUGAAAAUGUGGCACUAAUGGGAACUCAAACUGUCUUAUGUCCACAGUGAUAGGAAUACAAUUGGGACUAGUGGAUUAUAAGAAAUGAUGACAUUUUCAGUUAGUUGGGUGCCUUGUGUUCCACACAGUGUCGCAAAAACAGCACUGUCUGAAAACGAAUCCUACACAGUAAUAAUCUUUAGCUUGUACAAAAUGUUUUUGCCCCCCAGUCGUGGUCAAAAUAGCCAAAUUCUGCUAAAUAUUAGAGCCAGCCACUACUAUCCAAGGUGAAAGAUUAUCUAUCCUCUGUGCUCUGUGCAGUUAACGGAUUUUGACAAACAGGUCUUUUGUUUUCAUUAAAUGUGCCCCCUUUGCUGUUGUCUGUGACAGAUUUUGAAUGACAGCACAUACUAAGUGCUUUGUAACUUUCAAACUGGGUUUUUAAAAACAGUUCUCAAAGGUCAAGUAUUUGGCUAUUCCCCCAUAAUGGGCCUAAGCAGUUUAAACACAAACAUGGUUUAAAUAUGGCUGAAUUGUUUUACAGUGAUUGCGAUUUGUUAUAAUCUACAAAACUGCUGACAGCAAGGCAAUAAAUGGAGUUCUCCGCUUUGGAAACUAUUACCAUUGACAAACUUGGAAUUAGUGUUGGUGGUGCAGAUCUGACCUCUCAGCUGCCAGUGCAGAGACAUCUGUCGGCAAUUCGAAGUGUAUUAAUGCGACGAUGGGAAUGAAUGGUCAUUCACAGUACUGUUCAGUAACACCAAGGGACUAUUUGUUGGCGGGGUUUAUUGCCAAAGCGCCGUUACAAACACAAAACAAAUACUUCAAAGGAUUUCCCUCGCUGUGUUAGCUGGUUUAAUCCUCUAGGGUUUGAACCCAGGUUAUAGUCGACAACUGAUUCCUGGUUUUGUAUGCACCUACCAGAAUGUAUAAUACAGUACUAGCAACCAGUUUUCUGUAACAGGUGUUGUAGGCUUUAGUGACCAGUAAAUAUAAUGGAAUGCUCAAAUAUAAUUAAACAUACUGCAUCUGUACCGGAGCUUGCUUCAGUGUGCUUCAGUUGAAAAACUAAAAUGGUUUAAAAAAAAUAAAAAAUAAAAAAAUAAUAAAAUUCAACAAACCUCUGCUUUUAGCUUCUGUGUUCUGCAUACCGAGUCCAUAGUCUUUUUAGUACAGGAGGAUCAAAGGGGCAAACUUAAAGGACAAAUAAUGACAAGCACAUGUUCUGUAACACGACUAUUCCUGUAGUCUAUCCCAGAUGAAAGAACAGGUUUUCAACAGCGGAACAUCAUAUUUAUUUCAAAAAUACAACAAACAAUGUAGAGUAAUCAGAUGAUGAAUCUGAUAACCUAAUUUUGCUCUCUGAUUUGUUGACCACCCAAAAAGGGGUGGGCGUGCUGGUGUUCAAGAUAUUAAAAAUAUCUCAGACUUUCAGGCAAGUUUGCAAACUCUCUUUAGAUUAUAGAGUUAAAAUGCAGCUCCUAACAGGUUUAGAGAUUUCUCUUCAAACACCUGAGAUCUGUAGGAAGCCGUCACUAAAGGCACUUUUGUGCACAGGGGCAUGUGAAAUUAAAAACGUGCAAGCAAAACCUUUUUUUGUUCAUUUAUCUGUGACCGGCUAAUAAUGUGAAGGAUCCGAGUAAACCCAUUCCUGUUGGACAGCGUCAGUUCUCUUGUCUUGGACCCUUGUCUUCGUACGUCCACAUUUCUCGUCCGUCUCCUAGAUUUUGAUUGAGACUACACAUAUUGCUUGCAGGUUAAAAAAAAAAAGAAAGAAAUUAGAGAAAACAAAAGCACAAAACAAGUCACUCCAAAGACAUCAGGCUUCUACUGGAUCUUUAAAUCUUCCAUUUGCAGUUACCACGAGCUAGCUUGAGGUGUUCACCGCUUCACUGGGUUAUACAACAAAGAUCAGUACAACAGCGGUGUUACACAAUCACACACACACACACAAUCACAUACACAAUCACACACACAAUCACAUACUCACACAAUCACACACACACUCACACAUACUCACACAAUCACACACAAUCUCACAAUCACACACACACAGUCACACACACAUACUCACAAUCACACAUACACACUCAGUCACAGUCACACACACACAAUCACACACAUAUACACAGUCACACACAUACUCAGUCACGCACACGUAGUCACACACACAUACUCAGUCACACACACACACACACAAUCACACACAUACACACUCAGUCACACACUCACACACACUCACACAGUCACACACACACAUACUCAAGUGCUUAUUUGUCCUUUUAAGCUUGCUGUCCUUUUUUCUGCCGCGUACACACUCUGAAACAUUACUGCUCUCCGUCAGUUACUGAUACAGUAAUAAGAAUGUUGCAGAAGUUUUUUCCUUCUGUGUUCUUUGUUUCAAAGAAUGUUGUGCCAUUUGUUAAUAGCAAAGAGAAAUAUUGAAAAUAUAUUAAAAGAAGAGCUAUUUUAAAUUAUUUUUGUUGGCUUUUUUUGGGGGGGCGCGAUAUUUAUUUUCUUGUAUUAGGAUCUUUGUAGAAAACGAAACAAAAAAAAAAUGUAUUUUCCAUUAGUGCAGAAACCUAUUUUUUUUUCCUUUUUUGUACAUUUUUCAUGUUAAGCAAUCUUUUAAAGCAAUAUGAUGUACAAGAAGGUGUUUUAUGUGACUAGCUGCAUGCUGUUUCUGUCGCCUUGUACUGGCUGCAUCCACCAUCGUUCCUCACCUGACAUGGAGGACAUGGGCUGUUGCAUAAUAAUCCUAGGUGUGGUUGACCAUUGCAGUCAAUAAAGCAGUGCUUUCUGUGUA